AUGGGGAGGUAUAUCCAGCCCACUCUCAUCCCUGGGCGCCCACACCAGUCAAGUCGUGCCCUUUUUGUCUCCUCCCACGAGACCAUUAUCGCCAUCCGGGAGGAGACUCUGUCCCCUCCCCCUUCCUGGAGCGUGACUCCCUUCUCCACUAAGUCCUGUGGAGGCUGGUCCGUUGCCUGGGCGCUGCCCGUCCCCACUCCAGCCCAUUCUCCCUGCCCUCUCCAACUCUCUGGAUGCCUACCUAGGCUUCCUUUUUUUGUGUGUGACCCGCAGGCUGCGCCCAAACACGUACACCAUCGCCGCAGCUCCGUCAGGUCGAGCCUGCACGGAGAUGUUCGUGAUCUAUGGAGCACCGCCACGCUGUCUACAGCGAACGUGUCGGUGUCCGACGUCUGCGAGGACUUCGACGAGGAGGGCAGAACUGUAGAGAAGUCUCGCAGGUACAGCCAGACCAUUUCUUUAAAGGAAAACCUCAACCUCAACUCAGAGGAGAUCCAGCAGCAAGCGCGUUUAGAGCUAGAGCUGCGCCGUGGCAGAUCCUUGGAGCGCGAUUUCUCGGUAGAAGAGGAGCACGACGAAUCUGUGAUCCCCCUUGUAAAGUCUACUUCAGAAUCAUCAGUCAGUCUGUCAAAGCAAAUGCCGCAUCAAGCCUACUGGACAGAGCAGCAGAACAGGCUGCCCCUGCCCCUGAUGGAACUCAUGGAGAAUGAAGUUCUGGAAAUUCUCAGCAAAGCCCUCAGUACAUAUAAGGCCACGAUUGGCAAGACCCACUUCAUGACUAAAGAGCUGCAGGUAUACAUCGAGGGGCUCAAGAAGCGCCGGAACCAGAGGCUGUACUACAUGUCUCUGUGAACCUUCCUCCAGUUCAAGCGGGCGACCAGACGUCAGGCCCGUGCCCUGUCCCAUUCCCCCGACCCAAGCUCGACCCCAUCUGCAUGGAA